AUGUCUGAGUAUUCCACAGAAUAUCUACAGUACUGGAGUGAUGAAUGGAUUGCGCGUUGGUCAGAGAGCCACUGGGCUUUGGAAAACAUAGCAAGGGGCACUUUGCAAUAUCUCAAGAUAUAUGCAAACUGGGAUGUCUGCUCCGGACUGUCGAAAAUCCCUUCCUAUAGGUAUAGGGCUGAGCGUAUCUUUGGCGUCGAAUGGACACCAUAUGAGGCUGAUGGCACCAUCAAAUACGAAGUCUCUUGUGGCUUCGGCGAGCUCGCGAUGCUGGAAAGAGAGUGGGCCAGAGAUCGAUUAGAGAAGUUUGAGGAGCGAUACUGGCCAAAUGAGCUUAUUGCAGAGGGCCAGUUUAUGUGCGGCUGUAUCUCUGGCACUCUCUUCAAAAUGGUGCUUUGGAUCGAUUGGGUUGAACAACGCUGGGACAGUAUCGUCGAUGAGGUCGAACGUCUUCUCAUGGCCCGCUCCGAACGUGAGGCGAUCAUUGAAGAAGAGCUGGAGAGAUCCGCCUAA